UUUUAUUCACACUACUGGAAGGAUCAAUGCCUACUUAUGCCUAUAUACUUAUCAUAUUAUGCAGCUUUAAUAGGCUGUGUGGCCUCAGCUUCUUCGUCAGGCAAUAUUUCAUCUCCAGGUUCGAGUAAUAGCAACGGAGAUAAACGUUUAUGACCGAAGUGAUUUCUUUUCCGAGACUCCAAAUACUGUUGAAAGAACCUGAUUUGAGGACUGCUGGUAAAAUAAUUGUCCCUUAUUUAACAGUCUUUCUGGGAGUCUUGCCUUCUGACAUUUCGAUGGUACCGUACAUGUAUUGUAAUGCAAUACAAUAUCCCCAUCUAUCAGGAAGGAAGCAGUUCCAGUAAUAGUGUAUAAGGUCAGAUGAUGCGAAGACCUAGAUUUAAAUGUGUUUUUAUGCUUGUGGCAGCCAUUAUAAUAUAUUAUUACCUACUUUCGAAAGCUUCAAAGAACUCCCUGACCCAAUUAAUAGCUCUUACAAAGACAGAUAAAUAUAAAGACCGUGUAAAUGUAUUGAUUAAUCAGCUGAAUAGUAAACAUGACGUACAUCCUAAGAAAAGUGUUAAAACUGAUAUUCCGUAUGAGAAUAAAUUGAAUGAUAAAAAUGACGUACAUGAUGGGGAAAGUGUUAAAACUAGCAUCCCGUAUAAGAAUCAGUCGAUUAAUGAAAAUGGCGUGCAUCCUAAUGAAAGUGAUAAAACUAAUAUUCAUUAUAAGAAUGUGUCAACUGUAAUAAAGAAAAAACCAAAAAUCUUUACAUUUCACUGGUUUAAUGCCCCAACCUAUGUGGAUUUGAAAAGUCUACCAGGCUGGCUAUCCCAAUGCUCAAACCUCUGUCAAUAUACGAAAAACGCCACAAACAGUGACAUUCUUAUAUUUGAGGGAAGUUCCUUAUCCGGCAACCCACCCUUUAAAAGAAGAACUAAAACAAACCCCAAUCAAAUUUGGGUUUUCUAUGAAAUGGACCCUCCUACUUCUACCAAAGCGAAAACAUGGCGACGAGCAGCAUGGAGAAGAAAGUUUAAUAGGACGAUGUCCUAUCGAUUAGAUUCAGAUGUGUAUACACCUUACGGAACCUUUGAAAAAAGGUCCCAGCCACCAAUGAAAAAUUUCGCUGCUAUUAUGGAUCAGAAAACAAAAUUGGCCGCCAUUUUCUCAAACAAUUGUGGAGUGCCCAGUAAACGCAUGGACUAUGUAAAAUUACUACAAAACUAUAUACCAGUGGAUUUUUAUGGAAGCUGUGGAGAUAUGACGUGUAGUAUGGUUGCUAAUAGUGACAGAAAUUGCUUUGAUUUAGUAGAAAAAAACUACAAGUUUUAUCUUUCUUUUGAAAGCGCCUUCUGUAAAGACUAUGUAUCCGAAACGUUCUACCGUAGUGAAGCCUUGGAUGUAGUGACUGUGGUCCGGGGCGGAGCGGAUUAUUUAAGGCUGUCACCAGAAAAGAAUUACAUUGACACAAACGAUUUCAAGUCGGCGAAAGAAUUGGCGAGUUAUCUUCUAUAUCUGGAUAAAAACGAAACGGCUUAUAGAGAGAUUUUGGAAAGAAAGUGGAAUUAUGACGUCACACGGAUAGACUCGCAUAACUUAACUAAACAAUACGUAUGUGAAAUGUGUUUGAAGGCAGAAUUUUGGUCUAAAAACGUGAAAAUGUAUGACGGUAUUGCAUUUUGGUAUGAACUUGAUAAAUGCCAGGAACCUACAGAUAUUCGUUAACCAUUUAUACCUAUAAGCGUACGACACACAGUAAAAUUAAAUGAGUUUUAUCGUCUUAUAUUUCUGCACCAUGUGAACCUCUAGAUAUUCGUAAACACAUUACCAGGGCCCUGUUUCUCGAAAUUUUAAAUAUAAAGAUAAAAUCCAAAUUUUAGUAGAUACUUCAAUUUUGAUUGGCUAAGUACUAAAAUCAAUCUAAUAUUAUCCAAUCAAAUUACUAAAAUUUGGAUUUUAUCUUAGUUAAAAUUUCGUGAAACAAGCCCCUGGACAUACGACAAACAACACACAGUAAAAUGAGAUGUUGUUUAUCGUCUUCUUUGUUUUUCUGCACGAUGCAGUGUGCAAUAUGCGGGAUAUGAAAUGGGGGUUUAAAGGGCGUAUGGCUUCAUUUUUUUGGAACUAUAAAUGGGUCUAAGGCACAUAUUAAUGUAAUAUGGGUGUAUAUAAAGUGAUUUAUAUUCAAUUUUUUAAAAAAAAUAAAUAAAAAAAAUUGUAAUUUCUAAUCAAUUAUGUUCUGUGAAAUACGCGAACAGUCCAAGCUGGAUGACAAUCUUUUACGCCAAAUUAGCCCAUUCUUCACAUUUUUUUUUAUUAUUAUUUUAUCAUUUGUGAAUCAACCAUUACUAUUUACUGCCGCAUUGUAAUUUAAAAUAUGUUUUUGUUUGUUCAUUGCUUUUGCUCCCGAAACGAUAGAGUACACGACUCGUGUACGGAUUUUAAAAUGUUCAUUGUGUCUUAAAUAUUGGAGAUUAGGAUCCCACGUUUUCACGGCAACAAAACAACAUCAAUAUGGAUUGGAUUGGGCCAAUAUUGAAUUCUAAUUUGUGUUUUUAAUUUCGAAUAUUAUGGAAAAUAUUGAGUAAGAGACUUAGCUCCUUUAACGUCCUACUGUUCUGAACUGACUAAGCUAAUGAAGACGCGCAUACUCCAUACAUAUGAGGGACAGCGGCACUACUGCCCACUCACUCUUCUAUCGAACUCCAACUGUCAAGGGUUCUUUUACCUGCACGCUAUAAUGUGUACACGGGACCUUGGUUUUUCGUCCCAUCCCAGCGACUUCUGUCAAGGCACAGACUGCCUACGAUCUUAUUAAACAUCUAAUUAAUUCAAUAUGUCCUUUACAAGCUACACAUGAUCUGUAUAUAACACUCGGCAGAACUUCAAAGAGAAUGUAGUAGUGGACAGUGUAUCAUACUAUGACCUGACAAUGACAUCAAAGGAAAUAUGCAGUGUAAUUACAGACACCAUAAUUUGAUAAAUAAACAAUACCAUGAUCACUCUUGUUCAUCUUCCCUAAUUGUUGAACGCUAUGUAAGCAGGCGUUUACUGACAGUAAGUAAGACUUGGAAUAGAGCUCCUCACGAAUUAUGUC